AUGGCUGCAAUAGAGAAAGUGAAGGUCGUCGUCCUUGGAGAUUCUGGCGUCGGCAAGACUUCAUUAACUUAUUUAAUUGCUCAUAAUAAACCUUUGCUGUCACCGGGAUGGACGGUCGGAUGUUCAGUGGAAGUUAAACUACACAGAUACAAGGAUGGGACACAGGCGCAAAAUACAUUCUUCGUAGAACUUUGGGAUGUAGGCGGCUCUAACAACCACAGAAAUACUAGAAAUGUGUUUUAUCAACCAACUCACGGAAUAAUUUUGGUGCAUGACUUGACUAAUAGGAAAAGUCAAAUUAAUUUACAAAAAUGGUUGUCGGAAAUUUUGAACCAAGAUAGUAUUAACCCCAACUACCAAUAUAUGGACGUGGAUCCAGAACAGUUUCUAGGCUCUACUCAAGUCCCCAUACUCGUAAUUGGCACUAAGUACGAUUUAGCUGAAGAAAAACAAAGAAAGAAUCAAUACCGGCGGCUCGCGAGCAGUAUCGCAGAGCAAUGCGGUGCUGAUGAAAUAUUUGUCAAUUGUUACCAGGCGAGAUCUUUAGCACCGGGUACAAGUAACUCUGUUAAAUUAACAAGAUUUUUUGAUAAGGUGAUCGAGCGGCGCCACUACCCGCGCGCGCGCCCGCCCGCGCCGCCCACGCCGCUGCGCCUCGCGCCGCGCGCCCCCCGCACCCCCCGCGCGCACUACAUGAGCCCGCGCUUCUACCACAUGGAC